AACACAUGUCACGGCAACGAUGUCAAUGACCGUACGUUUCCACGGUGUCGAUCGAUUUUCUUCUUCCUUCGAUCGCUUCUGCUAUUCUGCUCUCUUUCCGGGAAACGUUUCCUUCGAACAAUGCCGCGACCAAUUUUCUUGAAAUUCCUUCGAGGAGAAAUUUUCAAUCGUUCCUCUCAGCGACUUCGAAUUUAUUAUUCUUAUUCUCCCAAGAAAUUUUUCUCUCAAGAUUCCUCUCCGACGUGCUUCGGAAGAAAACGAAAUCGAACAACUGCCUUUUCAGCGUUCGCUUUUGAAGAACAAUUUUACGGUUCCGUUCGUUCUCUUGGCCUAUUUUUGUAUUCACGCAAAAUGUCCUGUACUCCUUUCUUCUCGACUUUAUUCACCGGUGUUUCUUCUUUCUUCCAGAAGGCUACAAUGCCACCACUGACUUCGUACAGCCUUCCGUUCGACGAAAUAACAUUCUCGAAUCUCACGGUUUGCUAUUCCAAGCGUCGCAUUAUCAUCGUGUUUACGAUCCCCCUAAACACCUCUGGCAUUUAAUUCCCAAGACAAACGUUUCCAAUCCGUGAAAUAUCUCGAAAGGUGUUUCGUAUCGCGUAAUCGGUCGAUAUUAUGCUUUAAAUACGCCGCAAUGCAGUUGUCGCUUUUCCAUUUGGUGAUCGAUCGAAAUCACUCGAUUCUCGAUCGUUCGUUUCUUUCAAAAGAAGAACAGUUCGAGUUCCCGUUCGAGCGUUUUCUCUGCCAAAAAUCCUUCGAAAAUCGUGGCAAAUACUCGCAACUUGAGAAAAGUAUAAUGAAACUUUUUUACCGAAACACGUGGCUAAUAAGUUGCUCGAGGCGUAAUCCUUGAAAGACUGUCGUUUCGUACACGGCAAUCAGCGCUCUUCGUUCCUCUUAAUUUCCCCGCGAGCUUAGAUUCACUGAAAAACAAAGCGCCGAGCAAUUAUCACGGCGCGGCGGUUCGGUCGCGAUCGGAUCCGAUUUUAACCAGGUUUCUUCACACUUUUGCCUUCGUUCUCGUCCGUGGCGAUCGAGAGGAACUCGAGGAAAAAACAAGGACGUCCAGGUAGAAAGAUUCCUCGAUCUUUUUCGCGUGUAUUCGGAAUACAGUGACUCGUUGGCACUUUACGUUACGUUCCAAGGCAAGUUGCGCCAAGUAUCGACCAGUGCGAAAUGCCACUCAACGAACGGCACAACACGAGCAGUGUCGUUAUUAUUUGUUAAACAACGCGUUCUUCUUGAAACAAUAAUCGUUGGAAGAAGUUGCCGUUAAUUGCUGUGACACUCGUACUGGAGCGGACCGGUGGUAAAAUACGAAGGAAUACACCUGGGUUCUCGCUAGUUUCCGGAACUAGUUGUCGCGGUGCCGUAGACGGACCUUGAAGAUUCCACGAUCGUCCGACGGUUAUACCAGGUACAGCAUUGCCGAUGAACUGUACGUAUGUAAGUACCUAGGAUUCCUCGAGAGCCGAUGUAUAACUGUACCCGGCUACAGUCACGUGACGAACAAGCAGAAGAGCGCACGUGUAUGCCCACGCGUGCGUGCUCGAUCACUCGUUGGAUCGUUUAGAACCGCGAUCGAUCGUCAUCGAUCCUUCGGAAUUAUUAGUCAGCGCGUUCGACAGAUUUUCGAGCAACUUUUUCCUCCAACCUUCCUACGAGUGAAACUGGUGAUCGAGGACGUUCACCUUCGACUCCUACACACUCUGGGAACUGCGUAGGAAUCCUAACGAGUUCCUUCGCCGAUCUCCAAAAUACAACUUCGUUCCUAGACCGAGAUUUUCAAAGAUUGCGCGACGAAAGUCACGUUUUCAUCCUGACGUGAUUAAACCAAUCGGCUGACUAAGCAGUAAAUUACGCGGACGUGCACUUCUCUUACGUAGCAUAAUUACAAUUUUUCUUUUCUGCAAACGUUUCGUGUUUGUUGACGAUGUUACGUCAGGCUACGUUAGGAGAACUCGAAUUUCAAAGAGCAAUUUAAUUAACACGUUGAACGCCGUGGGGGACACCGGUAGCAGGCUCCGCAAUUUACACACGCCUUAAUAAUUAAAAGAAAACGAUAGAAAAACAUUAUUUUAUUGCUAUGGUACAAAUCAUGUGAAAUGGAAAACAGAAAGCUUGAAGCAUCGGACUAUCAAUUAAUUAUCACUAUUCUUAGUAAUUAGAGCUUUAAUACGUCCCCCAAAAAAUGCCCAAUUUCACUGUGGCGUUCAACGCGUUAAUCAUCGGUAAGAUUUGGUCGACAGGUAGUUUUCGGUAGAGCUGUAAACCUUGAAACUUUAACUCGACGCUUUGUUUGCGAUCCAUCUUUGUCUGAUUGUCUGUACGUAAAACAACGACUGGAUACGUCGGUGCAGCUGCUUCGCGGUAUCAGGAUAGUAGAAGAGACAGGAGUCGAACGAUCGUACGUGGUGCACCGGCCACGUCGGUGUGCAUUGUACUUUGCGUACUUUAUUUAUAACUCGGCUCGUCAACAGAAUCCGGUGUAAUUUCGAGCAAUGCUCGCGAUAACUUGUUAUUUGCCGAAGAUUCGCACGUUGCCUUCUGCGUCAUUCUUGUUUGCUCGAACGUUUAUAAGAAUUUAAGAUCGAGACGGUGGUCUGGCUCUGAUUGUCAGUGAAAAUGGACACGUAUGGUCAGACGCGUUAGCUCUAAAUGGGACCAUCAAUCGCGCGUAAACAUACAAAACAGAUUAAGAACUUUUGCGGAUUGGCCAACAAAUGCCACGGUUGAUGCUGCUCGAAUAGCAAAAGCAGGAUUUUAUUAUAGCGGACGUGCUUUAGAAGUACAAUGUUUCCUAUGUGGAGUAAAAAUUUCUGAUUGGAAUUAUGGUGAUCAAGCAAUGGUACGUCAUCGAUUAGCCGAACCUACUUGUCCUUUUGUUCAAAAUCCUUCUAAUACCUGUAAUGUUCCCUUGUUACCUAUAUCUACCAAUAAUUCUGGAUUGCCAUCGUCAUCAGCUGACGUAUCACAAGAAAAUAUAAUUGAACUUCAAUCUAUAAAUUCUAAUCAGAGCAAUGAACCACAAAAACAAUGUAGGACUAUGUUGCAAAGAUUACAAACUUUUACCAAUUGGCCUAUUUCUUCUAUUGUAUCACCUGAAAAGCUUGCUAAAGCUGGGUUUUAUUAUCUUCAACACAAAGAUAUGGUGCAGUGUAUAUACUGUAGAGGUAUUGUACGAAAAUGGGAACUCGGUGAUGAUCCAGAUAAAGAACAUAGAAUACAUUUUCCCAAAUGUGAUUUUUAUAUGCAUCAAGAUGAAGAGGAUCAAUUAUAUUUAUCCAAUGUAAAGUUAAUGCCUGGAGCAACAUCAAACCUCACGGAAUUAGGGAUACAAACGCAUACAGCUCCUAAAAAACCAAAUCAUGCCACAUACGAAGGAAGAUUGAGUACUUUCAGUGGUUGGCCAGAGAAUCUGAAACAAACUCCUGAAAUGUUAUCUAGUGCAGGAUUUUAUUACAAUGGAUUUGGGGAUCAUGUUAGAUGUUUUCAUUGUGAUGGUGGUUUACGAAACUGGGAAGCAACAGAUGAUGCAUGGACUGAACAUGCAAGAUGGUUUCCUAAAUGUGAAUUUGUAAAUCUUGUGAGGGGUCAAGAAUUUAUCAAACAGUGCAUUAAUAGUAGACCACCUUUGGACCCAUCAAUUUUUGAAGGUGUAACAGAAGAUGAUGAUACAGACAUAACUGAAACCCCACCUGCUUCACUACCACCAGUUUUACCAGCUCCAUCAGAAAUUACAGAUGCAGCAUUGGAAAGAUUAUUAGAUAGUCCGCCAGCAACAACAGCUCUAGAAAUUGGAUUACACGUUGGCAGAGUAAAAAGAGCUUUAAAAAGACGAAUGGAAGAAGUUGGAACUCCAUACACAAAUCCUGAUCAACUUAUAGAAGAUGUCCUUCGUGAUCAAAUUAUGGAAGAUGAUACUAGAUUACAAACUCCUGAUUCACCCUCUUCAGAAUUAACUACCUUGUUAAACCUUGUAUUAAGAGAACAAACAAAUAAUACUAUGGAACAAUGUCCUGAUAUUGAAAGGGAUGAUACUUAUCAAGAAAAUAAAGAUAAAACUGACUUAUAUCCCUGUAACGGUGAAAAUUUCAAAUUAUCUGAUGAUAAUACACUUGAUAAAAAAGCAAAUAUUAAAUUGAAGGAAACUGCAUCUUUAGAAGAAGAAAAUAGAAGAUUAAAAGAAGCUCGUUUGUGUAAAAUUUGCAUGGAUCGGGAAGUAGCUAUUGUAUUUUUGCCAUGUGGACAUUUAGCAACUUGUGUUUAUUGUGCUCCUUCUCUUACAUACUGUCCAAUGUGUCGACAAGAAAUUCGAGCUACUGUUCGUACAUUUUUAUCCUAAACCAAAUUUCAAAGUAAAAGCUAUUACUUUACCUAUAUAAAUUCAGUACUUUAGUAUCUAAACAUGUAUAGUAUAUGUAAAAAUGUAUUUUUUGUACGUUUCUUUUAAGUGAUAAUUGUUGGAGUUUUCAAAAAUUUAUAUUAUUAAAAAAAGAACAUAUCAAAAAAGGUAUAAUAAGUAAAUAGCAUAAUCUCUACUAAAUGAGAUAUUUCAUUAUAAGUUUAAUUAAAUUAAAUGCUGCACUUCAACAUGUAAAAAGUACUAAUUUAACUUAUAAUACGAACUUAAAUAUUAUAAUUUCACUUGAUAAUUGUACAUAGUUAAUGUACUGUUUAUGGUUUAUGUAGUAACAUAUUUAUCUGAAGAAUGUUAAUCCCUUAACAGUCUAAUUAAUUUCGAGUUUUCGGUCAAGAAACUGUAUAAUUUUUUUAUCGUUUUAAAUGUUUGUAUAUGUGAUAAAAAGUAUAAAACAGUAUGUUUUGCAAGUUCCUGCGCAAGUACAUCGUCAUACUGAAUCAAAAAGUAAAUUACUUUCUUUCCUUUAGAUAUUAGAAAAAAAAGAGAGGUAGAAAUCAAUGUAUAUCGAAGAAUAAACAUGGAUAUCAAGGCUGGACUAAACAGUUCCGGCGCGUCGCCGUACCCGAGUCUCUCUCGGGAUAAAUUGUUAAGGGGUUAAAUGUAAUCUGUUCUAUUCAGAUAUAAUGAGUACUACGUGACAUAAGUUAUAAACAUGUAGCAAAAACUUAAGCAUAUACAUAUGUAUAUAUUUAAAGACAUUUUGUUUAUACAUUCUACAAUUUUAUUUGAGAAACUUUUUUAUAUUUUCAAUAUAUGUCCUUACAUGUAUGCAAAUUAAUUAACUGUUAUUAUAUUGAAAAGUAAGGUAAUUAAAAUACAAAUAAAUUAUUGAAUAUAUAGAUGUAUGUACAUUGUUAUAAUAAUACUAAUUGUUAAUCAAAAUACGUAACACUUUUAAGUGACAAUAUUGUAUAAUUUUUUUUUAAUAUGGCUAAAUUGUUCAAUUCAUAGAAAGGUGAGAAGGGGAUUCCCACCAGUAGCCCAACUCUUGUUUCGUAUACCGCAGUUCACUAGAGUCCAUAACUGCGAAAAGACCAGUUUUCGUUCUUCGCGCUUCUCCAGUGCGCAUCUUCGCCCUGAUUGGCGAUACUUCCAAACGAAGUGGAAAGCGAUUAGCAGAGAGCUCGCUGCGUUCCCCCACUAUCUUCCAACCUGCGCGUCGCAGUUAUGGACUCUGGUGAACUGCGGUAUACAUGCAAGAAGGAAAUAGCAGUCUUCUGUCACCGCGCGUUGAAUUUCCAAGGGAGACUCCUUCUUCUUUGACCCUGUAACGUACUCGCGAGUACGCCAAAAUUAAAAAUUGAUUGAUAGUUUAGCAAACGUGUGUAUUAUUAAGCGAAUUCCAAAGUUACAGAGAAAGGUCUUACUUGGAAAAUAUGUGACGUUUAUUAAACAAAAAGUAAUCUUA